CAUGCAGGAGAGGAGAGCAAUGCAACAGCAGAGCCCCGCGCCGGCAAUUAUUCUCCAUGGGCUGCAUCUGUCCUCGUUAAUGCUUUGCGCUGGGUUAGCAAAUCGGACAUCCUCUUUGCCACCUCGAAGGGUCAUUUAGCAAGAGGCAGGCUGGAAGGGGGAGCUGCUGAAUUCAGUUGAAUCGGGAGCAGAGACGGAGGGCAUCCUCCGGAGCCACGUUUCAGAGCAGGGCAAUUGAAGCAAGAGCUCAGGACGCGGGCAGGAAUGGCACGUUGCUCCAUGACAGGUUUCCUUCGGAGACACGCCGCGGUCUGAAGGGCUCUGACAAAAGCCCGUCUGGUGGCAGGCAGCGUGUGUCGGGGCGGUGGGAUGCUUUAUGGCACUGCGGUGCUUGGGCUGGUCCUGGGAGCUGCCGACCAGCCGAACGGUGACUGGUAUAACUAGGACAGCUGAGCAGCCCGCUGGAUUCUCUCCUCUUGUGCUGUCGCCGUCGGUGCGAACAGGAAGAUUUGCCUUCACUGUAAGUGCUCCCAAGAAGAGCACAUUGUAACAGUUAUGCCUCUGGAGAUGGAGAAGACCGUCACAAAGCUCAUGUUUGACUUCCAGAGGAACUCCACUUCUGAUGAUGACUCGGGCUGUGCCUUGGAAGAGUACGCAUGGGUCCCCCCCGGCCUGAAGCCAGAGCAGGUGCACCAGUACUACAGCUGCCUGCCUGAGGACAAGGUGCCGUACGUCAACAGCCCGGGAGAAAAGUCUCGCAUAAAGCAGCUCUUGCACCAGCUGCCACCGCACGACAAUGAGGUCCGCUAUUGCAAUUCGUUGGAUGAGGAGGAGAAGAGGGAGCUCAAACUCUUCAGCAACCAAAGGAAGAGGGAAAAUUUAGGGAGAGGCAAUGUCCGGCCGUUCCCUGUAACCAUGACGGGAGCCAUCUGCGAGCAGUGCGGUGGCCAGAUCAACGGAGGGGAUAUGGCUGUCUUCGCCUCUCGAGCGGGACAUGGUGUUUGCUGGCACCCUCCCUGCUUCAUCUGCAGCAUCUGCAAUGAACUGCUGGUCGACCUGAUCUACUUUUACCAAGAUGGGAAGAUCUACUGCGGCAGGCAUCAUGCCGAGUGCCUCAAGCCCCGCUGCGCGGCGUGCGAUGAGAUCAUUUUUGCUGAUGAAUGCACCGAGGCUGAAGGGCGGCACUGGCACAUGAAGCACUUCUGCUGCUUUGAAUGUGAGACGGUGCUGGGGGGGCAGAGGUACAUCAUGAAGGAUGGCAGGCCCUACUGCUGCAGCUGCUUUGAGUCCCUUUAUGCUGAGUACUGUGAUACCUGCGCCCAGCACAUCGGUAUCGACCAGGGCCAGAUGACAUACGACGGCCAGCACUGGCACGCCACUGAGACCUGCUUCUGCUGCGCGCAGUGCAAGAAGUCGCUGCUGGGACGGCCCUUCUUGCCCAAGCAGGGGCAGAUCUUCUGCUCCAGGGCCUGCAGUGUCGGCGAUGACCCCAAUGGCUCUGACUCCUCUGACUCAGCUUUCCAGAAUGCGCGAGCCAAGGAGUCCCGCCGCAGCGCCAAGAUCGGCAAGAACAAGGGGAAGGGUGAGGAGGGAGCACGCAGCCCAUGCAACCAGCUGCAGGUCACCUCCAACCGCCUCUCCACCGACGUGGACCCUCUGUCUCUGCAGAUGGAUUUGCUGAGCCUGGCCAGCCAGACGCCGAGCCUCAACAGGGAGCACUUGUGGAGGAGCAGGGACGAGCUCUAUCACUAUGGGAGCAAAAUGGAGCAAAGUCAGUCUCAAAGCCCUUUGCAGCUUCUCAGCCAGUGCAACAUAAGGACCUCCUAUAACCCCAGCCAGGUCCCAGGCUCGCAGCAGGAUGUAUGGGCAAAACAUUUCAGCAAUCAAAAGAGGAGCUCCUCGCUGGCCAUGAAAAGCCACAGUGGCAGCUUCGUCCAGGACUGCAGAGAGGACUACUACUCAGGGAGGCUUCGUUCACAGGAGAGCUACAGCGACAUGUCCAGCCAGAGCUUCCCUGAGACCAGAGGAAGCCUCAAAGUCCCUAAGUACGAAGAAGAAGAGGAAGGUGGGAUGCCAACGCCUCAGUGCCGCACCCGGCACCCCAUCAAUGCCCUCAAGUUCACAGAGGACCUGACGCCUACCGAGCAGACUCCCCGCGGCUCCAUGGAGUCCCUUGCACUCUCUAAUGCAACAGGUUUGGCAAGAGCAGCAAAUGCCAGAGGAGCUGAGCUCUUGACGAAAUGCCUCUCAGCAGAUGGUGGAGCCAAGCGCCAGGAGCAUCUCUCCAGGUUCUCAAUGCCUGACCUAAGCAAAGACUCGGGCAUGAACGUCUCGGAGAAGUUGAGCAACAUGGGCACCCUGAACUCCUCCGUGCAGUUUCGCAGCGCCGAGUCCGUCCGCAGCCUGCUCUCAGUGCCGCAGUACCAGGACAUGGAGCCCAACCUGCACAACCUCGCCAGCCCCCUCGGGUACCGAGAGAGGGCGGCGCACGGGCGGAUGCACCAGAGCUUUGACUAUGGCAGUGGGGUGCCCGGGGGCAAGCUAGGGGCACAGGACGGUUUGAGGCAUGCCCCCAUGAGCGAGCGCACACGCCGCCGAACUAACCUGCAGGAUGAUGACCGGCAUUACCGCCCACACCGGCCCCGGCGGUCGCGGCGUUCCCGCUCGGAUAACGCCCUGCACUUGGCCAGCGAGCAGUGCUACCGGCUGAAGGAGAGACCCUCGCUUCGAGCCAGGGAAGACUACGACCAGUUCAUGCACCAGAGGAGCUGCAGGGAGACGGUGGAGCAGGGUCCCCGCAGGGACGUCUACGGCCACUGUCCCCGGACAGUGUCGGAUCUCGCCUUGCAGAACCACUUGGGUGAGAGGUGGGGGCCCUACUUUGCCGAAUACGACUGGUGCUCGACCUGCUCCUCCUCUUCGGAGUCUGACAACGAGGGCUAUUUCCUCGGGGAGCCAAUUCCCCAACCCACUCGCCUCCGGUAUGUGACCAGUGAGGAGCUCCUGCACAAGUAUGGCUCAUACAGCAUGCCCAAGUCUUCCACGUUGGGUGGCAGGGGACAGUUACACAGCCGGAAAAGACAGAAGAGCAAAAACUGUAUCAUAUCCUAAUGGCAUCAUUGCCAGGCACCUUGGGAGAAUGUAAAUUAACUCACAAACUUGCACUGGCUUAGAUCAUGUAAGUGCUUUUAUUGUAACAAAAAGCGAUCUGAAAGAGUAGGGAUUUGUGAGAAGGUUGUAGACUGGCUUCUAGAAAUAGUCAUAAUCCUGGGCACGGUGAAUAUAUUUUGCACAUCUUAACUUUGGAGAAAUAAAAGAACACAGAAAAGUUCACUUUAGCCUCUAAUACUUACCCAGUAGUUUUUCCUCUUUCUCCCAGAUACUGCCACCCGUUUGAGUUCUGUUUGUCCAUACGUUUUUGGUUACCACUGUUGACUCUCAGCAUCAGUUUGCUGGUAGCUUUUGCUUUCCACCACGAUUUUGUUUUCCAUUAGCCAUGUCGGUAGGUGAUUUGUCUCUCGGACGGUGUGGGAGCCUAAGUUAUUUCCGUGAUUGUUGUAAAUGCAAUGUAAAUGAGAGUUUGGAGAAAAUAUUUUUGUAUUUUGUAAUAUCAGAGGAAUUUCUAUAUCUUAGGAGUCAUUGGGAAAAUGCAUGCACAUUCAGAGUUGUUUUCAGCCAGAGCUGACCAAACAGUACUUUGGACCCCCCUCUUUUCCAUUCUGUCAUCAAACUUCUUAAGGUCUAUCAGUGAGAGUUUGAGUUGUCAUUUGUUUUGAGGUGUUUUGGUUUGGUUUAACCCUUUUUUUCUGUUUGUUUGUUUGUUUUGAUCCUGGUCAAUAAAGGGAAUGUUUCCUGAUACAUUAAGUCUUGUAGAGGCCUCGGUGGCAUUUUGAAUUCUGCUCAUGCCUGUGAUUUGCAGGUUACACUCCAUCAGUCAGAUACAGGAACCCUGAUAGCUGCAAAUGGGACUUAUUUUUAUUUUAAUUAUUAUUAUUAAAUAGGAAAGAACAGAACUACCAAAUGUCUGCAACGUUGUAAAUGACCAAAGCCAGAGAAGGAAUUUUACACCUCUGUAGAGAACGCUGAAGUUACUAAACGUUGAACUAUUAUUUGGAGUAAAUAAAAGUGUAAAUGGUGCAA